AUGUCUCUUCCUCAAUUUCUAAUUAAGGCAGAAGUGUAUUUCAACAGAAACAAUCCUCCUACUGAAUUCAAGCUUCCAGAUGGUGCCACAUCUCUUGCCAAUUUAACAUACAAGUUGAUUGAAUUACUGCCUACUAAUGAUAACAGAAGGGUGAGAAAGAUCGAGUUUCGUGAAGACUGGUUUAAUAGUUAUGAAAUGGUAAAAUACAACUUGAUUGAGUUGAAGACCGACGAAGAUGUCAAGGCCUUGUGGAAAUCAUUUUGCCGUAGGAUAACUAAAGGUUUGAUUGAGUUGGAUGCGCAGAUAACAAGAUUCGUCGACGAUAUAAUGAAGAUGUUAAAACGUCCAUAA